AUGCCGUCAUCGUUGAGUAGAGCGAACGAAAUAUUCGGCGUAGGUUUAAUUGGAGUUUAUGAUUUUGGUACGAUGUCCCCAUUUACUAUGAUUGAUACGACAGUUGUAAUUUUCACUGUUGUCACUACAGCGAUUGCGUUCGCUAGAUCGCUUAUAGUAAGAUCGCUUUAUGCAGCACUUUCUGGCUGCAUUGAAAUCAAGAUAGCUGUUACGCCCCAUUAUUUACUCUUCGUUAUAAUACCGCUGAGCGUCGAAUUUAUAGAUCUACAUAAACUAUAUGUGUUCUACGUGUAUUUGAACUUGACCGUGGCUCUUGUGCCGGGGCUGGCUAUACUGACUUUAACCAUAUCGAAAUUACUUCACAAUGAAUUCCGAUCCGUAAAGUAUAUUUACAUUAUUGGAAUAUCGUGCUUUAUGGGGUUUGCGCUAUCCUUGCCUUUGACCGUGAUGCCAAUAAAUAAACUUAAUGGGUUGAUGAUUGGCCAUAAGUUCAGUUCUUUGUACUUAGGCGGUUUCAAAGCUUUGAUUGUCAUGUGGAUGUAUGGAGUGAAGAAAUUUUCAGCAGAUAUACAAUUUUGGCUAGGCUUUAAGCCAACUGUGUACUGGAGAACUGUUUGGAUGCUUUUACCUGUAACAUUUUGCGUACUGAUUGUAAAUAAAAUUAACGAGCUAAGCAAAUUAAAUGAUUUACAACAACAAAUUUUAGCAAUUGUUUGGGUUGGAUUUUCGUUUUUAAUUGUUGCUGUAUUUCAAAUUAAAACGAUUGCAAGAUAUAUUUUACAAAGCAAUUUAUUGGGUAUAUUGCGCAGCAGUACAAAAUAUGGCCCAAUCGAUCCCGAUGACCGGAAACGAAGGAAAUGUUUUGACGAGACAAUUACGAGCCGUCAAUGCAGACAUAACUGUAUAAUGUUAUCCGAAAAAUUUGAAUGUAAUCAUUUACCGUUGAUAUUCAAGCGUCAAUCAAAAACAAGCAAUGAGUCGUCUCUCAGGCAUAUAUUCGACGCCGGCGCAACAAGAAACAGGCCCUCAAGUGUGGUUGAUAUUUCGUAUAAUAACUAUAAUUAA